UGUGGUAUAACACCAGUGAAUACCAAUACAUCUAUAAAAGAUGUGGAUACUUGGAACAAAUCAGACAUAGUAAGGUGGUGUUAUCAAAAUAUCGAUAGUAAGAAAACUGAAUAUGAUGUAACAGAUGAUGAAACUUAUUUCAAAACAAUUUUAAGAAAAGUCUGGAAAAAGCAAGAAAUUACUAGUGAAAAGGUUGCCUACACAUGUGCAGUGUGUAUUUGUGUUUUAGAUGAACACCAUGAUGGUGUAAAAGUGGAUGAUAAAUUUAUCAGAAAAAAAAUGGAUGAAAUAUUGUGUCCUGAUGAAAAUGAUUUUGAUAUUGAGGAAGAACUGCAAAGUCCAAAU